AAUCAAAGAAACCCCUAUCUCUCUCCUUCACUCCACCUUUACCCUCUUCCCCCACACCCACCCCUAGAACCGCCACCGCCACCAUCGCCGCCGCUUCAAUUUCACUGAUGGGUCACGAGCUAGUGCCGUCGACCACCACACCCCCGCUCGCAAAACCUCCGGCCGCCCCCACUGCUCUAGCCCCCGGCUUCCGAUUCCACCCCACCGACGAAGAGCUCGUCAUUUACUACCUCAAACGCAAAGUCUGCCGCAAACCCUUCAAAUUCAACGCGAUCUCCGAUGUCGAUAUCUACAAGAGCGAGCCUUGGGACCUCGCUUGCAAGUCGAGCUUGAAGAGCAGGGACCAGGAGUACUAUUUCUUCAGUGCAUUGGAUAAGAAGUAUGGAAAUGGGGCUAGGAUGAAUAGGGCGACGAAUAUGGGUUACUGGAAGGCCACCGGAAACGACAGGCCGGUGAAGCACAACAAUAAGACUGUUGGGAUGAAGAAAACUUUGGUUUUUCAUAGCGGCAGAGCCCCGGAUGGGAAGAGGACUAAUUGGGUCAUGCAUGAGUAUAGGCUUGUUGAUACGGAAAUGGAGAGACCUGGAAAUGGUGUUCCCCAGGAUGCGUAUGUGCUGUGUAGGGUCUUUCAUAAAAGUAAUAUCGGACCACCAAAUGGGCAUCGGUAUGCGCCUUUUGUCGAGGAGGAGUGGGAUGAUGAGAAGUUAACUUUUGUUCCUGGAGAAGUGGCUAGGGACGAAACAUCAGCUGCUCAUGAUUCUGUUGGAAAUCAUCGGGAUGUAGUUAUGUUAGGAAAUGGUCAUGAUUUCGUUGGAGGAAAUGGUCAUGAUUCUGUUGGAGGAAAUCAUUACAAUGUAGUUAUGGUAGGAAAUGGUCAUGAUUCAGCUGUUGGUGGAAAUCAUCGUGAUUUCAUUAUGGUAGGAAAUGGUCAUCAUUCUGUUGUUGGUGGAAAUCAUCGCGAUGUAGUUAUGGCAGGAAAUGGUCAUGAUUCAGUUGUUGGAGGUAAUUGUCGUGAUGUAGUUGUGAUAGGAAAUGGUCGUGAUUCAGUUGUUGGAGGUCCUAUUCCGGAUGCAGUUGUUGGAGCAAAUGGUUGUCAUGCACUAGUUUUUGGAAAUGGUCGUGAUACAGUUGCAGGAAAUGCUCGUGAUGCAGCUGUUGGUGGAAAUGGUCAUGCUGCUGCCUUUAUUGAACAAGAUGUUCAUGAUGCUGUAGAUAUUGAUCAAAAAGAUCAUGUUUCUAUGGUUGUUGAACAGAAAGAUAAUGCUUUUGCAAGUAUUGAACAAAAAGAUCAUAAUGUUUGUAUUGGAGGAAAUGGUCAUGGCCCUUCUGUUGAUGGACAUGUUCAGAAUAAUAAGAUGGAAGUAGAUGGUCAUGGAACUACCAAGGAAGGAAAUGUUCAUGGAAGCAUCGGAGGUAAUGGUCUCAAGGGGGCAACUGCAGGGAACUAUAUUGUGCAGGAUACUCAGACAAUCAGCAACGCUCUUCUUAGUGCUACUGAACUUCCAAAAGAAGAUCCAACUGUCUUGGUGCCAUGCAAGAGUGAGAAGUUGGAUGACGAUCCAGUGACAUGUGUAAUUAAUCGAGAAGAAAGAUUGGAUGAUUACCCGUCACCACUUACAGAUGAUCCACAGCCCCUGCUAUCACUGUUUAAUCAGCAGCCUGGAAUACUACGCCAAUAUAAGAGGAGGAGGCAUAAUGAAUCAAAUUCAAAUCGUUCAAAUGCCUCAGAGAUUUCAAGUGGGAUGACUCAUGAUCCUUGCUCAUCUACGACAACGACAGCAUCAACAGAGGCAUCGGUGACGGCAUCGACGAAAAGAAAUUUUCUGUCUGCAUUGGUGGAAUUUCAACUGUUAGAGUCCCUUGAACCCAAAGAUAAGACUCCAGUAGCUCCACCUGAGUUUAAUGCUGCUCUGCAUAAUUCAUCUGUGCCUUCCAGCUGCUUGAAGUUCAUUGAGAGUUUGCAAAAUGAGAUCCACAAGAUUUCGAUUGAGAAGGAGACGUUGAAAUUUGAAAUGCUGAGUUCCCAAGCUGUGAUUAACAUUCUUCAAUCUAGAAUUGAUCUCCUGAACAAGGAGAAUGAAGAGCUGAAGAGGAAUGCCCGAGAGGCCGAGUGACUGGUAGUCCGGAUGUGUACUCCUGUUGUUCUUCUUUGAAUGAGCUACAGGCCCCGUAUGGGCCUUGUUUAGAUACCUAGAGGCGGAAUGUUUUAUUUAUCUAGUCGGGAACUUACUUUAUCAGUUGUUAAUUAAACAAUGUUGUAACUGUAGCAAAGCUUGUUGCUAUAGCAGCGAGCUGAACAAUGUUGUAUCUUUAUGCACCUAGAUUAGUCUCAUCAAAAUCAGCAGUUUAUAAAACUAGAUGCUGUUCAGUUUAUAUUGCAUUUGUAGAUCUGUGGAAUAUGGAAAUUGAAUGCUGAGUGAAGGACUGAGCCUCCGAGCUAGUGCCUCAGUUUUGCCU